AAAUGCUCGUAUCUUUCACAACCUUGAUCCGAGAUUUCCUUAGAAGAAAGUAGCACUGGAGAUGCUCUAAAGGAGUCUUCAACUGCCAAAUCCAAUAGUCAGUAGUCGUAUUUUUUCAUCGUCCAACUGGUAACCUCUCUUGCACUGUGUUAUACAUGAAACCCUAAGUCGCUGUAUCCCUAUUUUGACAGUGAGUUUCUGCUUUGAAGUUGAAAUUUUCUAAUUCAUUGCAAUUUAACUUUUUGAAAGAUCUAGUCUUGUGAGUCUCUGUCAGUACAUUAUGGCUAGAUCAUUGUCUAUGCUCUUAAAGAGCAUCUCAAGUCUCCCAGCUACUAAUUCUCUGAGAACAAUGGUGUCAGGAUCUUUUUGUGGUGAAGGUAUGCGAUACUCCACAACUGUGCCAAGCGACCCUGACACGCAUGAGGAUUUCAGACCCACCAACAAGGCUGCAAAUUCCGAUAUUUCUUUGAAGGAUAUUGUUGAACAGGAUAUCAAGGAAAACCCUGUAAUGAUUUACAUGAAAGGAGUUCCUGAUCAACCUCGGUGUGGAUUCAGCUCGCUGGCAGUAAGAGUGCUCAAUGAAUAUAAUGUUCCAUUGAGUGCUAGAAACAUAUUGGAAAAUCAGGAGCUGAAGAAUGCUGUAAAAACUUUUAGCCAUUGGCCAACAUUUCCUCAAAUUUUUAUUAAAGGUGAAUUUGUUGGAGGGUCAGACAUCAUCCUCAAUAUGCACCAGACUGGAGAACUGAAAGAAAAACUUAAGGAUUUUACUGCAGAAAGCAAGAAGGAAGAAUAAAGAUGAACUCUAACUUAGAUUAUAGAUGGUAUGAGUUUUUUAAGUCAUGAAAAUGGCAUUUGUCCUUUUGUUGGAACAUAAAUAAUGUAGAAACAUUGAUCAGAUUUCACUUGUAUAACUCCAUUGUUAUAAGCUUUAUUGUUAUUAUUUUUAUUUAUUUUAUUAAUAACA